UUGUGGUCAAGACGAUAAACAUGAAGGUCUUCGUUGUUCUGGCACUGGUUUGUUGCGCUCUGGGAGAGCCGGCGGUGGAGAAGCGCGCCGCGAAUGGUAUUUACCACUACGCGACCGGACCUUUUGCUGCCCCACUCGCCCUGGCCCCUGCACCCCUUCCCGUACCAGCACCUGUGGCACCUUUUCCCCUGCCUGCCCAUCCUUUCCCAGUUGCUGCUGCCCCGGUUCCGUUUGUGCCGCCCGUGGUAAAAGCCGUGCCAGUUCCAGUCCCCGUCGUCCCUACACUGAGGUACCCACCACCCGUGUUGGUCAAGAGGUACACCGUUAGGGUGCGCAACGUGCUGCCUAGACUGCGUCUUGUCUACAACUAAUCGACAUAUAAAUCGGCCGUAUAAAAUCAUGUCGUCAAGAAAAUUAUUCUGUUUAAUAAUUUUGCUCCUUCGACUCUAGUCCCAAUUAUUCCAACAGACAAAUGACUGUAACCACACAAUUGUUGCUCAUUUUGCGCAAAUCGAGGCAGAUUUCACUGCGAAAAUGAUUCUACAUGGCCCGUAUCGAUAACAUGCAACCUCAAAACAACAAGACUUGGAAAAUUUCUUUUAAUUUUACGAGACGAAUUUUUAGCUAGUGUAUUUUUGUACUUUAAAAAUAAAAACCACCAAGUUGCUAUUAA